AAAGUUCCGGGAGGUGGGCGUCCGGCCCCGACCCGGCGCGGAAGUGGCCCGAAGGCCGCGCGCUUCCCCGUCCAGGCCCGCAGACAUGUCGUCGGGGGACGCGGGGCCCGGCGGGCGGGAGGGGGCCCCGCGCGCGGCCGCCACUCUCUGCGGCCUGUACCACGAGGCGGGGCAGCAGCUGAGGCGCCUGCAGGAGCAGCUGGCCGCCCGAGACGCCCUCAUUGAGCGCCUCCGCGCCCGCCUGGCCGCGCUGGAGGGGGACGCGGCGCCGUCGCUCGUGGACGCGCUGCUGGAGCAGGUGGCGCGCUUCCGGGAGCAGCUGCGGCAGCGGGAGGGCGGCGCCGGCGCCGUGGAGGCCGCGCUGCGCCAGGAAAUUGAGAGGCUGUCGGAGCAGCUAGAGGAGAAGGAGAAGGAGACGCAGCAGCUGCGGAGCCAGCCAGGGCCGGGGCCGGAGCGCGAGAAGGAGGUGGCCCUGCUGCGGCGGCGGGUGGCGGAGAAGGAGCGGGCGCGGGCCGCCAGCGACACCCUGUGCCGCUCCUUGGCCGACGAGACCCGCCAGCUGCGGAGGACUCUGGCGGCCACGGCCCACAUGUGCCAGCACCUGGCCCAGUGUCUGGAGGCACGACAGGGGGCCGCGGGGGAGCAGAGGCCUGAGCCGGAACAUGCAGGCAGGGACGCCUCUGUCCAGGCUGCUGUUGAGAAGCUCCAGGAGGAAAACCGGCUGUUGAAACAGAAGGUGACUCACGUGGAAGACCUCAACGCCAAGUGGCAGCGCUACGAUGCCAGCAGGGAUGAGUAUGUGCGGGGGCUGCGGGCCCAGCUGCGGGGGCUGCAGGCUCCCCAGCCCGAGGCGGAGCUGAUGAGGAAGGAGAUUGCCAGGCUCAACCGGCAGCUGGAGGAGAGAAUCAGCGAGUGUGCGGGGGCCGCGAGGGAGCUGGCGGCGGCGCGGGAGCGGGCGCAGAUGCUGGAGCAGCAGGUCCUCGCCUACAAGGACGACUUCACGUCGGAGAGGGCGGAUCGGGAGCGGGCACAGAGCAGGAUCCAGGAGCUGGAGGAUGAGGUGGCGGCCCUGCGCCAGGCACGCAGACAGGACCCCCAAGAGCCAGGCUCCUGCCGGAUCCACACAGGGAGCAGAGCACCCAAGCGCGCAGAGACCAAUGCUUCUGAGUUGGUGGUGCCUGGUGGCCAGAGGCCUGUGUCUGCACCCCAGGGCCUGGCCCCCCCUACAGAGGGCGGGUGCCCCGGAGCUGCCCGGAGAGGCCAGGGGGAGCUGCAGUGUCCACACUGCCUGCAGUGCUUCAACGACGAGCAGGGCGAGGAGCUCUUCAGACACGUGGCCGAGUGCUGCCUGUGAGCCAGGCGGAGGACAGGCCGGUGCUCUCGGCUUGCGAGAUGCGGGUGGAGGGUGCUCUGGCCUUCACUUUGGUCCCCCUCGGGCUGUGGAACAGAAGCUGGGCUUUGGGUCCUCAAGCUGUCAGGCUGGGGCCGGAGUAGGAGCUCACAGGCCAAGGUGACAGUCCCGCCCCCACCUGCACCUGGGACGCUGCAUCUCGUGGGAAUAGGAGGCUGCCUGAGGGAACCACACGUUGGGUCCCAGGGUGGAAGGGCACCCCAGGUUUGGAGGGCCGAGCACUGCGGCCUCGGCAGGGCCAUGGAGUACACUGUGUUGCUUAGUGUCUGUCACACGUCCAGAGGUGAGAGCCGUGUGCUUUGUAGCCACUUAUUUUUAUAAUAAACACGUUUGCUGCAGUG